AGCGGGCAGGCGAGCGGAGCGCGGCGGCGCGGGAGGGAAGGGGCGCGCGGCAGGCCCACGGGAGCAGCCUGGGGCGCACGGAGCCCUCGUGCCCUCCGGGACAGUCGCCUGCCCAGGAGCCGCAGCUGUGGGCGCCGGGAGCCUCGGCGGCGAGCGGCGCGUGGGGCAGGGGUGGCGCGUAACCGCAGGGACCCGGGCAACCGGAGUAGGAGCCUGAACCCGGCCGGGAUGAGAAGGUGACGCCGCCGGGGGGCGCCACUCGCUUUGUGGGGAAGAUGCUCGCCUACUGCGUGCAGGAUGCCACCGUGGUGGACGUGGAGAAGCGGAGGAGCCCCUCUAAACACUAUGUAUACAUUAUCAACGUGACCUGGUCCGACUCCACCUCCCAGACUAUCUACCGGAGGUACAGCAAGUUCUUUGACCUGCAGAUGCAGCUUCUGGAUAAGUUUCCUAUUGAAGGUGGCCAGAAGGAUCCAAAGCAAAGGAUUAUUCCCUUCCUUCCAGGCAAGAUCCUCUUCCGGAGGAGCCACAUCCGAGAUGUGGCCGUGAAGAGGCUGAAGCCCAUCGAUGAGUACUGCAGGGCACUUGUCCGGCUGCCUCCCCACAUUUCACAGUGUGAUGAAGUCUUCCGGUUCUUUGAGGCACGGCCUGAGGAUGUCAACCCCCCAAAAGAAGACUAUGGCAGUUCCAAGAGAAAAUCAGUGUGGUUAUCCAGCUGGGCUGAGUCUCCCAAGAAGGACGUGACAGGUGCCGACACCAACGCCGAGCCCAUGAUCCUGGAACAGUACGUGGUGGUGUCCAACUAUAAGAAACAAGAGAACUCGGAGCUCAGCCUCCAGGCCGGGGAGGUGGUAGAUGUCAUCGAGAAGAACGAAAGCGGCUGGUGGUUUGUGAGCACAUCUGAAGAGCAAGGUUGGGUCCCUGCCACCUACUUGGAGGCCCAGAAUGGCACACGAGACGACUCCGACAUCAAUACCUCCAAGACUGGAGAAGUGUCCAAGAGACGCAAAGCUCACCUGCGGCGCCUGGAUCGCCGGUGGACCCUGGGCGGGAUGGUCAACAGGCAACACAGCCGAGAAGAGAAGUAUGUCACCGUGCAGCCCUACACCAGCCAAAGCAAAGACGAGAUCGGCUUCGAGAAGGGUGUUACCGUGGAGGUGAUCCGAAAGAACCUGGAGGGCUGGUGGUACAUCAGAUACCUAGGCAAAGAGGGCUGGGCACCAGCAUCCUAUCUGAAGAAGGCCAAGGAUGACCUGCCAACCCGGAAGAAGAACCUGGCGGGUCCAGUGGAGAUCAUAGGGAACAUCAUGGAGAUUAGUAACCUGCUCAACAAGAAGGCGUCUGGGGAUAAGGAGGCUCCGGCUGAAGGCGAGGGAUCGGAGGCCCCCAUCACCAAGAAGGAGAUCAGCUUACCCAUCCUCUGCAAUGCUUCCAACGGCAGCGCCUUGGGCAUUCCCGAGAGGACCACAUCCAAGCUGGCCCAGGGCUCCCCAGCUGUGGCCAGGAUUGCCCCUCAGAGGGCCCAGAUCAGCUCCCCAAACCUGAGGACGAGACCACCCCCGCGCAGAGAAUCCAGCCUGGGGUUCCAGCUACCAAAGCCGCCAGAGCCCCCUUCUGUUGAGGUAGAGUACUACACCAUCGCUGAAUUCCAGUCCUGCAUUUCUGACGGGAUCAGCUUUCGAGGCGGACAGAAGGCAGAGGUCAUUGACAAGAACUCAGGUGGCUGGUGGUACGUGCAGAUCGGGGAGAAGGAGGGCUGGGCCCCAGCCUCAUACAUCGAUAAACGCAAGAAGCCCAACCUCAGCCGCCGAACCAGCACUCUGACCCGGCCCAAGGUGCCGCCCCCCGCACCUCCCAGCAAGCCUAAGGAGACCGAGGAGAAUCCUGUGGGUGCCUGUGAGGGCCAGGGCUCCCCGCUGAAGUUUAAGUAUGAGGAACCCGAGUAUGACAUCCCUGCCUUUGGCUUUGACUCGGAGCCUGAGUUGACUGAAGAGCCCACAGAGGACAGAGGCUCAGGUGACAAGCGUCCUGCCCAGCCCCGAAGGGCCUCACCAGCCUCUUCCCUGCAACGGGCCCAUUUCAAGGUGGGUGAGUCUUCUGAGGAUGUGGCCCUGGAGGAGGAGACCAUCUAUGAGAAUGAGGGCUUCAGGCCAUACACAGAAGAUGCCCUGUCUGCCAGAGGCUCCUCUGGGGACAGUGACUCCCCUGGAAGUUCCUCUUUGUCCCUUGCCAUGAAAAACUCCCCUAAAUCAGAUUCUCCCAAAUCCUCAUCACUCCUAAAGCUCAAGGCAGAGAAGAAUGCCCAGGCAGAGCUGGGGAAAAACCAGUCCAACACCUCCUUCUCCUCCUCCAUCACGAUCAGCACCACCUGUUCUUCCUCUUCCUCCUCUUCUUCCUUGUCCAAGAACAAUGGUGACCUGAAGCCACGUUCUGCCUCAGAUGCAGGCAUCCGUGACACCCCUAAGGUCGGGACCAAGAAAGAUCCUGAUGUGAAGGCUGGGCUGGCUUCCUGUGCUCGAACCAAGCCAUCUGUCCGACCAAAGCCAGUCCUGAACCGAGCUGAGUCUCAAAGCCAAGAGAAGAUGGACAUUAGCUCCUUACGACGCCAGCUGAGGCCCACAGGCCAGCUCCGGGGGGGCCUCAAGGGCUCUAGGAGUGAGGACUCAGAGCUGCCCCCCCAGACAGCUUCUGAGGGGUCCAGGAGAGGUUCCGCAGAUAUCAUCCCUCUCCCAACUACCACUCCCCCAUGUGUCCCCAAGAAGGAGUGGGAAGGGCGAGGCAUCACCUAUGUGACAUGCAGCGCCUAUCAGAAGGUCCAGGACUCUGAGAUCAGCUUCCCCGCAGGUGCUGAGGUGCAUGUGCUGGAGAAGGUGGAAAGCGGGUGGUGGUACGUGAGGUUUGGGGAGCUGGAGGGCUGGGCUCCUUCCCACUAUUUGGUGCCCGAGGAGAACCAGCAACCCGACAUGGCUAGCAAAGAGCCAGACACAGUAAAGGGCUCCCAGAACGAGGGCAAGUCGGACAGCCUGGAAAAGGUCGAGAAGCGUGUGCAGGCACUUAACACUGUGAACCAGAGCAAGAGGGCCACCCCACCCAUCCCCUCUAAGCCCCCCGGGGGCUUCGGCAAGACCUCGGGCACUGUAGCAGUGAAGAUGAGGAACGGUGUCCGGCAAGUGGCAGUCAGGCCCCAGUCUGUGUUUGUGUCUCCGCCACCCAAGGACAACAACCUGUCCUGUGCCCUUCGGAGGAAUGAGUCGCUAACGGCCACCGAUGGCCUUAGAGGUGUCCGCAGGAACUCUUCCUUCAGCACUGCACGGUCAGCAGCCGUGGAGGCCAAGGGCCGCCUGGCAGAGCGGGCUGCCAGCCAGGGCUCAGAAUCACCCCUGCUGCCUACCCAACGCAAUGGCAUCCCUGUCUCCCCCGUGCGUCCUAAGCCCAUAGAGAAGUCUCAGUUUAUCCACAAUAACCUCAAGGAUGUGUACGUCUCUAUUGCGGACUAUGAGGGGGAUGAAGAGACAGCUGGCUUCCAGGAGGGGGUGUCCAUGGAGGUGCUAGAGAGGAACCCCAAUGGCUGGUGGUACUGCCAGAUCCUGGAUGAGGUGAAGCCCUUCAAGGGCUGGGUACCCUCCAACUACCUUGAGAAGAAGAACUAACAGCACGGGGUCCUUCCAGACUGUGCUGCUUUGGCUGCCACUGGAUUAAUGGUAGCAUGAUAGACACGGGGAAGGGACAAAAAUGGGAGGGGGGAGGGGGAUGACAACAUUGAACCCUGAAGAGCAUGUGACCCCCAGUACACCCUCCAGCUGGAAGGGAGGGUGUGAUGGGCGUGCACACUUUAGUAGGAGAAAGGGAACAGCAGGAAUGUCCUGGGCCGGGGGCCCCUGCAUGCACACUGCAUGCUGAUGGACUGUACGCCAUUUAGCACAGGCCAUGUGGGAAAGCCUAAUCGUGCCUUGCUGCAGAUCUGGAAAAGAUGUCAUGAGGUGUCCCAGGUCCUGCCCUGCUCAGCCACUUAAGUGGCUGGCUUCUUGCCUCUGGAAGUCAUCCUUACAUUGCCCUACUGAUGUGUUGGAGAUUGUGUUGGUUUCUAGUCCACCACCGACCGCUGGUGGGUGUCCUGGAAAACCACCCGCUCUGGUGCUUGGCAGUGUCUCCAAAGAGCUCAGCCCUUUUCUGGGGCCAGGCCACAGCCUAUGUUUGGUAGUUAAAAGAGUUCCCAGGUGCCAACAAGGACUGUCUCCUCUUGCUGUGCUAACUUGGCCUGGCAAGGAGAGCCCGCCUUCCUCAGGGCACAUGGAGGACAGUCUGGGAGUUGACCUGAAGGAUACCAGGCUCCUCCUAAUCUAGAGAUUGUUUGAGGAUUUCCGGGUAGGCAGUUCCUUUUGCAUGUUUGGGAAAUGGUUAUUGGUUGGAGGUUAUAUAUCAGGCGUUUGGUUUGGGGUUUAUUUUAGAAGUUGUUUGGGGGCCCGAGGGGCUCAGCCUCACAUAGAGAGGGGGUAGUGGUGGGUGGGGUUUCCAUUGAAUUCCAUGGAGGGAUGUUUUAUUUGGAUUUUGGUUUAACGUUUUUUGCCUUUCCAUACACCAGGUUGUUUGUUUAGGUUUCCACUGUGUACACAGUGCCCGAACAUGACACCUCAACAGGGAAUCUGGGACUGGGUAAAGUCAAGUCCCUGGCUCUGUGAAACAAAGUGUUCAGGUUGCUGCCCAAGAGGGAAAGAGGACAUUGUUAGAAGCCAGCCUGCUGGGUGGCUAAUCUGCCUGCUUCUGCCCACUUUUUCCAACCUGGGCAGAAGGGACCCUGGCUGAGUCAGCCUGGAGCAGACACUGCCCACUGUGCCCCUUAGCCUGCUGGCAAGGUACCCAAGAAGAUGGAGGACUUUGAAGUCAGAAACCAACCCUGUCUUCCUGAGGGGCAGCGCCCCGGGGGGGACAGAGAAGCAAAAGAGUUUGCUGCAGCCUUCUGUCUGCUUUGGGUUUUGAGUCAACAGUUGACAUUUCAGAGGGGACCCUCCGGACAGAGCCCAGCAGCGUCCUUUAAGGACUCCCCUCAUGCCGGGAGUGGAUGCCACACGUGCCUUUGAUUUGGGACAGAUCCUGCCUCACAGCUUGUGGCUGAGCUGCCAGCAUCUCCCCUGACCAAGGGCUGCUGGUUCCAACUGAUGGGAGGAAGAGCGCCCCUCCCCCCUCCUCCCAGGCAGGUUUGCCUUCAGCUCCCAAUCCUAACCUCCUGGAUCCUCAAGCCCAUGUUCUUCCCACAGGCGGAUGCAAACCGCUAGCCUCCUCUGUCAAAAGCCUGUGGUGGGUGACAUUGUUCUAUUUCCUUUUCUGUGUUCAUGAGUUUGUUUAAAAUUGAAAUUAGUUUAUUUUCUUCUGCUGGACAGUAUUAAAUAGAGCGGGGUGUUAAUCUGCUAGAUUGCAGUACUAAUGAUAGUGGUGUAGUGUCUUCAUGAUAUUAUUUGUACUUAUUUGAACAAUAAUGAUAAGGAAGUGGUUCAUUAUUUCUUCAUUAAUGCACUUUAAGGCGGAGUGGAGAGAAACCUGGAGAGCAGAGUGCAUUACUUAAAGAUGCAGUAUAUUCUCGUCUCAUUUUAAAACAGCACAUAUUUAUUAAAAGAGAAGAAAAUAAUUUAUGACUAUUUAAAAUAAAAUUUAAAGUAGAGCGGCCAUCAGGUGAGAGGACCUUCCACGUAGCUGUCUGCCAGGGGGAGGGCCCGUAGCCUCACUCCUCAGAUGUCUGCAUUGAGCCAGCUCCAUGACUAGUGCGCCUGCCAGGCACAGAGCAUCUCAGUUGGACUGGACCACCGGGAUCCCCAGAGCCAGCCUUUCCCAUAUCCUCUGUCCUUGCCACAUCCCAAAGACGCUCUCACAGUCCCCCGUGCCCUGAAAUCAUAGAUCCUUAAAAGUGGGACGGGGGGGGGGGGGGGGGGGGCUUAGAGGUCACUCCAUCCUGUCCUUUCGUGUUACUUUAGCCCAAGGUCAGGAAAUGACUUUCCCCAAAUUGCCCAACUAAUGGCAGGUUCCUGUACUGCGUUAAUACUGUGUUCCUCCCCUGCCCCUCUAGUUUAUAGUGUGGUCAUUGUGUUUACAUUGUAACAUCCAGCCCCAGGGAUGGCUGGGAGUUGCUCAGGCAUCUGGGAAGAGUGGGGAAUGUUGCCACCUAGUGUCAGGACGUAGACUUGGGCAACAAAUAGUAAUAGCCAAGGUCCCUCACCACCAACCCAUCAGGGCACAGCACAAACCCUGCAAGCCCAAAGAAUACUUGAAACAAGAAGGGUGCAUGCCAGGCCUUCCCAGUCAUGGCCAAGGGAUGCCAGGCCUUGUGUCUCUGGAUCCUAGCCCUGCCCAGGCAAGAAGGCCUUUCCCUAGAGCUAACGAGCUGCUUUGUGAUAUUGGACAGACUGUGGCAGCAGCAGAGGGGAGGGCCUGAGGCUCUGACCCAUCUGGAGGAAAACCAGAUCGGACUAAAAGGAAAAAAAAAAAAAAAAAGAAGUGGAAUCUCAGAAAUGUCCAAACCUAGUUUUCCAUUAGUUAUGAUUGAAAAUGUGAAAUGACAUUGUAUUGCUGUAUACUGCAACUUUAAUCGUAAUGAGCCCUUCUGAGGUCAUUAUUGAGGUUUAUAUAAUGCCCGAAGAUGCAUCGUCUGGUGCUUUGUUUUUCUUUCAGUUUAAAGACCCCUUUCUUGUAUCACAGGGGUGGAGGGAAAAGUCUUCAAACCUUAUCCUAUCCUUGUGUGUCAGUAGCAGGCCUGGCUACCCUGCCUGGCUCCUCUGUGCUCUCAGUCAAGGACAGGAGGAAGCCGGUAGUGGAAUAUUCAUCAGCAGAAGAUUCCUGUUUGUCCCCCAGGGCUCCCUUCACAACUGGGAUUCUGUCUGCAAAGGCCUCAUCCCCUCACCCCCAGCAGGCCCCAAGGGUUUCUCUUUCUCACUCCUAAUGGACGAAGGCAUUAUAUAGACCCCUCGUAGGCACUUUGAGAUGUUAGAGAGUAUUUUCCUGGCAUGUAUACCCUUCGCUUCCUCAGCAAGGCAUGUUAUGGCAUCUGUCAUCUAAGGAAAAAAGACAAGGGAAUUUCCGUCAAACGUUAUUUUCAUAUGAAUAGUACUUGCAGAGUAGAUGUAGAGUUAUUUAAGUUGUAGUGUUCUGUUUUUAGGAAGGGGGGACCAGGUGAAAUCAACCCGACUUUUCCUGGGUUUGACUAAUAUAUAAUUUCUUUCAGGCUACUCACGUCCCCUGUCCCUUCCAAAGACUUUGCAUUCUCAACGGAAAACAAAAACAUCUGAGACAGGAAAAGUGCAAUAUUACCAAUAUUACCAAGAGGGGUUUGGGACAGUGGAGAGAGAGAGAGAGAGAGAGAGAGAGAGAGAGAGAGAGAGAGAGAGAGAGAGAGAGAGAGAGAGAGAGAGAGAGAGAGAGAGAGAGAGAGAGAGAGACCCUGUUGAGUCUGUCUGCAGAAAAUGAGAGGGGUCAUGGAGAAAGGGGUGGCCACCAGAGGACAGCCCAUCGGUGUUGUCCACCCAGAUGGAAGCAGCAUGGUGCUCUCUUGACCUCCUGGGCCCGGUCCCCAGAGCAGAAUGAGGACAUCCAUUCCCAUCCUCCUGUUUUACAGCCAACUGCUCAGAGAGACCCGCAGCCCCCUCACCCCAGCCUCCUGAUGUGUGUAGGCUAUGAGGCUUUGGAUGUGUGCUUGAGUCUUUCUAAAACUGUAAAACCUCAGUUCAGCUUGUGGGCAGGAAUCCUGGCCAUAAGCAAACUCAUCUGGGGGGGUGGGUGCUUUAAGCCCCACUCACCCAGUGAGAGCCAAUUCCUAUAGGCCUGCAGUGGGCCUGGGGCUGAGUCCCAGCCACCCGUUCAUCUCAGUGACUUGGGCAAAAGGCAUGAGCCCGCCUCUGAUAACAGGAACUCCCUAGGCAGGUGCACACUAGCUAGCCCCCUUUCUCGUGCAGCAAGGAAAAUGGCAGGAAAAGAUAGCUUCUUAGGGGCGAGGAGGAAGUUCCAGGGCUUGGCCUUGCUGGUUGGUCCCAUUUAUACAGUACUGUAGGCCUGCUGCUCUGACCCACCUUGUGUGAAUUUCUAUACAGAUAGGGAGAAGGACCGGGCCCCUUUUGGGAUCUCUCCCUUGGAAUAGAUAUGGCUGCAUAGCCAACCAUUAGAAUAUCCAUGCAGCUCUCUGGAAAGACGACAGUCCACAUCACUAAGCAAUUAAGAUUCCCUCACUUUUUUGAGGGCUGAGAAAGAGUGUGUGUGUGUGUGUGUGUGUGUGUGUGUGUGUGUGUGUGUGUGUGUGUGUGUUGGUAAUUUCCACGAGCCUGAGAAGUCAAUGAGAGUGUGUUAGAGAGAGAGAGAAAGAGAGGAGAGAGACAGACAGACAGACAGACUGACUGGUGGUAAUUUCCCACUUGAAUUAAAUAGCAUGGGGUUAGAGAACAUAAGUACUGGGCGUGCAGUCUCCAUUGAACUAGUCCUUGGCAUUGGGCAGGUCCCAAGGGACUUACAGCUUCUGGCAGCAUGUGUGUCAUUCACACGAUUCUGGCUGGAGAGUGCAAUGUGUCUUAAUUUUUUUUUUUUUUUUUUUGUAAUUAUUUUAUUAUUUAGUUGGAAACUUCACACUGGUAUUAACAGAGCUAACAGAAGCAGCCCAGGCCAUUGUCCCGGGCACCAAGAUGAAGACCUGGAAGAGAUACUGUUGAGUCUGGGAGUGCUGGGUGGUUAAGUUAGGGCAUUCAUCUGCAUCCUAGCCUUGGUGUAAGAACCCCCGGGGGAUCCAAGAGCUGCUGGGUCUUGCUUUGUUUCUGAAGGAGAGGCAGGCUAGCAGGUUGAUGAGGUGCUCAUGGUGAGACUGUAGGACCUGUAGCUGUCUACACAGAGGUGCCUCCCACCUCCACAGCAAGCCUUAGAUCACUGCCUGUGAGUGUUUCUACACUCGAUGCUGAGAAGGCAUGAUAGAUAGGACAGGUCACUGCUGGUCACUUUGUUCUGUGCAUGUUUGUCCCCAGGCCACAAAGUAGGCACAUUUGUGCUUGUAGGUUGAAUGGAAAGAUCUUUCCAAAGCCUUGAUCCCAACCUGGCUGCAAGGGAUUGGCAUGUGACACCCCCCCAUCCCCUUCCCUUUCUAAAUCUUAAGUGACCUUGACAGUCAGCACACCUCCCCUAUUGCAAUCCUAGGACUCUGCUGCCUUAGAGUGGGGUCCCCCGGUGCUGAAGGUCCCUGCCUUAUUCCAAGUCUCAUUCUGGACAAUUGGCUGUGUCUUUGGAAGUGUGAGAGAAUUGAAUUAGAGCAAACGGAUGUAUCUGGCAUGUUGGAAAGCUCGCGGGAGGCAUGUUGGCAAGAUGAAUGUGCAUGUUUGGAAUUACUGGGGCUUACUGUCCUUGCACCUGGCAGAAAGCUUCCAGAGAUGUCUUUUAGACAGGUAUAAGGAGGCUGAGAGGCAGAGUUUUGGAGCCAUGGAGUGUUUGGAGCAGGAAGGAGUCCAUUCUGAGUGAUUGAAAGCAAGAGGUUUGCAGGGAUUUUUGUUAUCACCAGCCAAGAGUCCAGCCAGAGAAAACUCACUCACUAGGCCCAACCCGGGCUUCCAGGAUCACUGUCUUAAGGAAGAGGUGCUGCAAGUCAUAUGCCAAUCUUCAGGUCUCGGGCCAUUCCCAUCCCAGAUUCCCAGCAGUUUUUGCCCAGUGCAUUUUGUCCAAUGCAGAGCUAGCCUGUCAAAUCAUACAAAUUAGAGACCACUGACCAUAAUAGGCCACACAGUAGGGACCUGACACCCCCACACUAGAACCCAAAAGCCCAGGCCUAUUCAGGAGGCGGGUGACCUCAUUUGGACAUUUAUUCCCCAGGCUCCAAUGGAACCUAUGGUUCUAAUUGCUGAGUCGGCUUCCUGCUGCCAGUCCAACCAGGUGAGCCCACCAACCUCCUGCACGCGCUUCCACUGAGGCACAGUGCUUCUGAGUUUACUUCAGAGGGUACACGGUUGCCAUACAACUUGUCUCCCGCAACAGAGGAUAUGGGUGUCCCUCAGUUUCUGAGAGGCCUGGAAGGUAACUUCUAAGGCGAAUGUGAGUGACCACUGCUGCUGUGUGGUAAGAACAAGCAGGUGGGUGUCACUGGGACUCCUAAAUCACAGGGGCUUCCUAGUGUCCACUCAUCCCCAGCCAGCUUACUGUGGUCAGCAGGAGCCCUUCCCUAGCUCUCCCCUCCCCACCUCAGAAGAGGAACGGAGACAAGGACAUUGGGUGCAGUAAGGGUCCAUGCAAGUGCUAACGUAUCUCCAGGAUCCUCGGUGGUGCUAAACUAUCUCCAUGUUUCUCAUAAUAUUGUGGAUUUUUUUUUUUUAUCAUCACAAACACGAAGUGUCACCGGGGGAGGGACCCAGCCUGCCUGACCUGCCCCUUUCUGGGAGUCCUUUAUCGCUUUGGUGGGACUCUUUGGUCUGUAGAAAUGACCUGUCUUGGCAUGCUUCUAGACUUUAAAAUUUGGAUUGUUUUGUUUCAUAUUUUGUUUAUGUUUACAGGCAUAUUGUAUUUCCCUAAAAACUAAAUAAAGUUUUUGGCCUUUUUAACGGAACA